UAUAUUAUAUACAAUGAUUGUUAUAUCUGGUGAUGAUUAGGGAAAAGGGCCAAAAUCCUGGUAUUGGGCGCCUGGACUUUGAGCUCGAUUUUCGCAAUUCCGGCCAUAUUUUUAAAUAAAGAAGAGAUGAUUGGCGGACAGCCUCAGUGUUGGAUCGAAUUGGGAAAAAACGAGUGGAAGAUCUAUAUCUCAUUAGUGGCCGUUUCGUUAUUCUUCGUGCCCGCAGUCAUUAUAGCUCUUUGCUAUACAAUCAUAGUUCACACCAUUUGGUCGAAGAGCAAAGCCAUGACUUUCUCCUCCUCGUCCUCGACGGCCAACACUAAGUCCAAGUCGACGAAGAAUAAGUCGACGUCUGAUCCCAAUCACAAACGGCAGACAAAUAAUAGUAAUGAUAACAAUAAAUACGCCGACACUGACAAUGACUUCAAGCGCGCCAGUAGUCGAGGGAUUAUACCGAAAGCCAAAAUAAAAACCGUUAAAAUGACAUUUGUUAUAGUAUUUGUAUUCAUAAUGUGUUGGAGUCCUUAUUUUGUAUGGGAUUUACUACAAGUGUGGGGAGCGAUACCCGUCUCUCAAACAACGAUCGCAAUCUCAACAUUCAUCCAAAGUCUAGCGCCACUCAAUUCGGCCGCAAAUCCAUUCAUAUAUUUCUUCUUCUCCACACAUUUCUGCCGUAAUGUUAGG